AUGAACGACCCUCUCUCCGCCCUAUCCGCACCUCCCCCUCGGUACCUCCUCGAAUCCGACUCUUCCGACGAAGAAGGACAAGGAGCUUACCCCGGGUCUGCCCCCGCUUCUCGACCCAAGAUCCAACUGGAUCAACCGCCUGCAACUGUUACUCUCCCCACCGGUGGAACAGUGGAGGGGACGGUGGUUGCUACCGGACAAGCUGGAAGGUUCUUAUUGAAGCAUCUCCCCGCUCCAACUGGGUCAGAGGGUGUAAUCAAGAUUGGUGAUGAGAAGGUCGGGGUCAUUCGAGCUUUUGAGAAGGAGCUGGUCGUUUUGGUGGACGAUGGCGAUCUCUCACACGAAAGUGUAUGGGCCAUUGCGAAGAAGCUCGUGGAAGACAUCCAAUCACCUCAAUGGACGACGUUAUCGUCGUACGUUCCCGCCAUGUACAUCGCCAAGGCCAAAUCCUCUCACCUUGACCCGCCUGUGCGGUUCAUCUCGUCCUCAUCGUCCCAAAAGACCGAGGUACAAGGGGCAGAGAGGUAUGACCCUCCGAACUUCAUUUCCGGGCUUGCUGGAGCUUUUUUGACCCUUUCUGCCCUGCCUACAACAUCCCUCCAAUCCACAACAGCCAUCCUUCUCCCCCUCCCCCUCUCCCGCCUCGCAAUUUCCCACCUCUCCACCCCUCUCUCUUCCUCCUCGUCGUCUAUUGCAUCCCUCCUCAAGGGUAAAAGGAGUCAGUGGACAGAUGAUGAUGAUGAGCCAUACUCUGCACCGGGGAUGGGACGGGUGAGAGGAGCUAGACAUGGGCAUGUUGCGGGGGAAGGUGUGGGGAUGUACACCUAG